UACUGAUGCAUGAAAGAAAAUGGAGACUGUUAGCAACCUCAGCCUUGUCUGGAGUUCCCUGGACGAGAAUCUGUAUAUAAGGAUGCAGUGUGAAUGAAACCUCAGAACAAAGCACGCAGUUGAAGUUCAGAAUGGCUCGUAACGUGGCAGUGACCUCCCUCCUCGUGGCUCUGUGCCUCGUAGCAGCAGUUGCUGGACACAGAAGCUACGGUUCCGGCGGACACAGACCUUUUGGCAGUGUCCAUUCAUCUGCUGGUAUCCACGGAGGUAGCGCUCAUGGCGUAGGACUCGUAGGCUCUGGCAUCCAUGGCGCAGGUCUCGUAGGCUCUGGCAUCCACGGCGCUGGAUCCUUCAACCCCACUCAUUUCCCUGGUCUUGUGCCUGGUUUCGGCUUCCACCUCAACCAACCCGUGUCUGGAUACAACAAGUGCAAGUACUGGUGCAGGAGUAGCUAUACCCGACAGUAUUACUGCUGCCAACAGUCUUAUUAUGGCUAGAUUUAUAGUUCAGUAUUGUACUGACUAUACCGUGGACGAACCAGUUUCUCUUAUGUUGACAAAAUUGUUUGCUGUUUCUCAAAUAAAGAGUAUGUAAUCAUA